UAUUCCAAAACAUUCACUUAUGUUUAUUUUGCCAAAUAUUAUUUUAAAUUCUUUAAACUUAUACAACUUAUAAAAUAUGAUAAACUGGAUAAAGUGGAUUGUUUAACUUUGUUAAAGUUUCCAUCAGUCUGAAUGAGGUAAAAAAACGAAAAAAAAAACCGUCUCCAGCUCACCCACCUGCUGCUAUUAAGAUUUUAUUUACACAUACUUUCACCUUUCAUACUUAAAAAAACUGAAGCCUUCAGUUUUUUUAAGUAUGAAAGAUGAGUAUGAGAGUUAACUCUCUUCCCCUGCCGGAACGGAAAUUUACGGUGUGACACCCAGCGGCAGUAAACAAUGAAAGCGCGAGCAGCGUUAGGAGUUAGCUUGAAGAUGGCGGUGUAGUCGUAUCGCAGAUAAAUAUUUCAGUGGUAAUAAGCAACAAUGUCUUCAGUUCAGUAUCUGAGAGAGUUUGUCAACGAGCGACUAACUGCUGCUGCUGAAGAAAUAUUCGGAGUCUUUGAAAAAACUAUCGUCGAGUACGAGGAAGAGAUCGAUCGUCAGCGCAGACUGCUGGAUAUCGUUUUGAAACCCGAAGUAAAGCUACACAGGACAGAGCUCCCACAGCAUCAUGUCUGUAAGGAGGAGGAGGUUCUCACUGACCAGCAGCUCUGUGACCAGGAGAGGAACUCCAGUCUGGACCAGGAGGACCCAGAGCCUCCACAGAUUAAAGAAGAAGAGGAGGAACUCUGCACCAGUCAGGAGGGAGAGCAGCUUGUACUGAAGCAGGAGACUGAUACCUUUAUGUUGACUCCUACUAAUGAGGAAAGUGACCACCAGCUCCUCUCUCACAACUCUCCUGUAGCUGAGAGCCAAGAUCAGGAAGGAAGUAAGCAUGUAGACCCAGAAUCAACUAGAAAUGGAGACACACUACCAAAGAAGAGACAUCACAAAAACACAAGUCACAGUGACAACAUUUAUAACUUUCCCACAACAAAGAGUCACUGUAACACUCAGACAGGUGAAAAGUCUAUAAAAUGUGACACUUGUGGAAAGGAUUUUAAGUAUAAGUCCAAAUUGAAAAUACAUCAGAGACGCCACACACGUGAGAGGCCAUAUUGCUGUAGCACUUGUGGGAAAAAAUUCACUCAGACAUCAUCAUUGAAAAAUCAUUUAAGAAUCCACACAGAUGAGAAGCCAUAUUCCUGUAGCACCUGUGGGAAAAAAUUCAGGUGGCCAUCAAUAUUGAAAAAUCACUUAAGAAUUCACACAGGUGAGAAACCAUAUUUUUGUGAAACAUGUGCGAAACGUUUCACUUUUCGUGCAGACUUGUUGGUCCACAUAAGAACCCACACAGGUGAGAAGCCGUACACCUGCAACACCUGUGGGAAAAACUUUCGUCAUAGGUCAGUUUUGAGUAAGCAUACAAAAACACACACAGGUGAGAAGCCUUAUUCUUGUGAAACAUGUGGGAAAGAUUUCAAAACUUCUUAUGAAUCCUUCAUCCACAUGAGAAUCCACACAGGUGAGAAGCCGUACACCUGCAACAUCUGUGGGAAAAAUUUUCGUCAUAGGUCAGUUCUGAGUGAGCAUACAAAAACACACACAGGUGAGAAGCCUUAUUCUUGUGAAACAUGUGGGAAAGAUUUCAAAACUUCUUAUGAAUCCUCCAUCCACAUGAGAACCCACACAGGUGAGAAGCUGUACACCUGCAACACAUGUGGGAAAAACUUUAGUGACCAGUCAGACUUGAGUAAGCAUACAAGAACCCACACAGGUGAGAAGCCGGAACUCUGUCACAUCUGUGGGGAAAGAUUCAGUCAGAAGACGCACUUGGCAAAACAUCUAAUGAUCCAUACAAAUAUAAACUCAUAUACUCACUGAAGGUGUGGGAGAGCUUUCCAACUUAGUGGGGAAUUGACAGUACACAUGAGAAGAGCCUUGGAAAAAUCUUUGUGUUACAGUGACUGCACAGUGUCUAUGAAUGUAAAUGACUGAACUCUUGAAUACUAUUAAUUUUAAUAUUUUCGUACUCUAACUACUAUUCUAUGAGUGGAUCUGUAAUGUCAAAGGUGAGAAACCCUCAAAGGCUGUUGUGUCACUUAUGUGGUCAUCUUACCUACUAGUUCUUUUUGUCUAGUGGAUGUGCCUUCAUUUUAUGUUUUUAAUAAUUUUGUGAUUGAAUCAGUUGGAUGGAAUUUGUAUUUUCUCAUCUUUUAUAGGUGACAUACAAACGCAAGUUGUAGAAGAUGAACUACAUUGUUUUGUAAAACGUGCUAUACAAAUAAACUAACUUUUGUCAAAUA